GUCAAGAAACGAUUGCGAAUUCAGCCCAGCACUGGGCUCAAUAUAGUUAACCUAAAUUGACAUCAAUGUUCAUUUCUCAAAAUUUAUUGAUUUUGCAAUUUUGCAAUCCUUUCACUUUGUUAUCGAAACUUCUUCAAUUAUUAACGAAGACAUAAACUCGAAGCAAUCGAUUUCAUCAUGGACAUUCCGAAAAGAAUGUAAGAUCAAGUGAGCACUAGAUCCAGGAGAUGGUGUCCAACUGGUGACAACUAAAAUCUCGAUGUUGUGAAAAGAAUUAAUCAAAAAUAGAUAUCAAAAUGUCGCUGAAAAUUGGUCAGCGCGUUGAAAUUAUGGGCAAGGAUUGCCAGGGUGUAAUUGCCUACAUUGGACACCCUCAAUUUGCAGCUGGCAAGUGGAUUGGGGUAGUCCUAGAUGAACCUAAGGGCAAAAAUAAUGGCACCAUCAAAGGCCAAAUUUAUUUUAAGUGUGCAGAAAACCAUGGAAUGUUUGUGCGUCAGACACAAUUGAUCAUGAUUGAUGAUGCUGGAAAUAGAACAGAUACUGUGAGUCCAUCUUCAACAGCUGCUAGUGGUCUCAAUACUCCAGAUGAGGCUGGUGCAUCAAGGGCUCGAAGUAGAUUGACAAGUGCUGCUGUACGUCAACGGAAUCAACCUACUGCAGUACGAAGAAAAACGUCACCUGCAAAAGUAUUACAACAUACAGAAAAACUUUCAGGCUCGAGGAUGUCAUUGGCCGGUAGCAGGACGCAAUUAGCUGCCCCAAGUACAGAGAAUCUUAGUAGUAUUGGUCACGAGCGUAAAGAUGGUGGUGAAUCUCUUAUACCUGCUCCAAUGUCCACGAAGAGGGCUUCCUUCGUCGAGAGGGUACCUAGCACGAGCUCGCCACCGGGCAAAAUGCCGAAGGCCCCUGGCGACCACGACAAUACUGGUUUUGUGGAAACUCUCAAGCCGCAGUUUACACCUGGUCAAGCGAUGGUUACACCAAACAUGACGCCUAUCUCAGUAGAGGAUCGAGUUACUUAUAUGCAACUCCAGCAGGAUAAUGAGAAUCUGAAGGCUCAGAUUCGAGAUCUUACUGAAAGAAUUGAAAUACUGCGAGUUAAACGAAUGCAAGAUAAAGAAAAGAUGAAGGAAUUCGAGAAGAUCAAAAUACAGUUGGAGCAGCUCAUCGAGUUUAAAGAUAAAGUAAUGGAAAGUCAGGCAAGUCUGCAACGAGAAUUGCAAAGAGCAAAACAAGAAGCUCGCGAUGCACAUGCAGCAAGAGAACAGUAUCAAGAUGAAAUGGCAGAUUUAGCCGAAACUGUGGAAAUGGCUACGUUAGAUAAAGAGAUGGCCGAAGAAAAAGCUGAAACUUUACAGAUUGAAUUAGAGCAAUUGAAAGAAAAACUUGAGGAGCAAACGAUUGAUCUGGAAAUCUUACGCAAUGAGAUGUCAGAAAAGAUGUCGGGAACUCCAUCAGUAACUGGGGCGAGUAGUUUCGAGGUUAAACAAUUAGAACAGCAAAAUGCCAGGCUCCGUGAAACUCUUGUUCGAAUGAGAGACUUAUCGGCUCAUGAGAAGCAUGAGUUUCAAAAGUUGCAGAAAGAUCUCGAGCAAAAAAAAUCGGAGAUUUUAGAACUUAGCAGGACAAAAGAGAAACUUUCGGCUCGCGUUGAAGAGAUGGAGCAUCAAAUCGCUGAUUUACAAGAGCAAGUUGACGCUGCCUUGGGUGCCGAAGAAAUGGUAGAAGUUCUUGGUGAACGUAAAAUAGCAUUGGAAGAGAAAGUUAUCGAGUUGGAGGAAGCUGUUUCAGAUUUAGAAGCUCUUCAGGAUAUGUCCGACCAGCUUGCCGAGUCAUCGAAGGAGCUCGAGAUGGAACUUCGCGAGGAGUUAGAUAUGGCUCUUGCGGCUGCACGCGAUGCCCAACGCCAACGGGAUGCAGCCCUUGAAACUUUGUCCGAUCGAGAGAUGACGAUUACCAAGUUUCGCCAACUCACGCAAAAGUUACAAGAACAGUGCUUGGAACUACAAAAUCGAUUGCAGUCUACCGAAUCGACCAAGACUGCUGCUAAAGGAACGGAACAACAACUUGCGGAGAUUCUUGAUUUCCAAAAGACUUUUGCCGAAACGAGAGCACAAACAAAGGCUGUAGAUUUAGAAUUAAGACGCCUAGAUGCUGAAGAAGCUCGUGCCCACGUUCGAUAUUUAUUAUCUUUUAUGCCUCCUGCUUUUAUGACUCGUGGCGGUGAUCACGACGCUAUUUUAAUGUUACUUUUUAUACCCAGAAUGAUUCAAAAAACAGAAAUACUAAUUUCUCAAGUUCUUGAUAAAUAUAAGCACGUGGAGAAAAUUGAUAAAGCAACAAUCUUGAAAGGAGAAUCAGUUGCUCAGAGUUCGUUCAGAUCUAGAUUCUGUUCUCACAUGUAUGCCUUACAAACGGCUCUUUAUUCGUUUGAAACAGCACUCAAAGUCUGUUCUCCUGACAAUUUACUCAAAGUGGCAAGCGCUUAUCCGGAAAUGGCUGUCCAAGAAAAAGCUAUCAACUUUUUAAUUGACUUAGCGAAACGAGAUCAGCUCGAUGAAAAUCUUUCGCUCGAUGCUACGGAAAAGUGCUGCUCAUAUUUUCUUAUUAUUUACGGUAUUUACUUUGGAGAGGAGGAUCUUACAAACCAAUCUCAAUUCGUUGUCAAUGGUACUAGAUGUUUGGGAGCUGCUUGCGAAGCACUAGUGACAGACGUGUCAGCCAUCAAGAACUUGAUAGACGGAGAGCCAGGUGAUAUGGGUCUACUGUGUCAGCACGUAGAAAAUGUAUGCGAUUUAGUGCAGCAGAACUUGAAAUCCGCACGACGGCGUGUUCCGCGUGAAUUCCUUGUUGUCAUGACUCCGAACGAGACAAGUUUGGGUCUCGAUAAAUCUUGGUAUGAGCAAAUUGUCACGUGCUACCAGCACGCAACCAAACUCAUGAAAACACUUCAAGAUUUAAGUAAAACUGCGCUACAGAGUAUACUUACAAGUGGUGAUUUGGAGAAAGGCUUAAGCGCAUCGAGAUUGAAGGAAAUGGCAGCAACGUCAACAGAAAAGAUUUACGAUUCCGAUGAUAUUGGAGCAAUUGCAACUAUUAAAGCUAGCCUUGCGAUCAUACAGAAGGUAUCUACAAAUCUUGCCGAAAGAAUGACUGAAUGUGAAAAUGAGCUCGCUAUAAGUGGUAGUACGGCUCAUCGUAAGAAUGACAAUGUCGAGGAGAAUAGUCCUAUUUUCCUUAGAGCACAGGCUAAUCGUAAGGAACUUGAAGAAACUAAAGUUCUUGCAAGGAAACUAGAAUCCAAGGACAGUGACAUUCGCGAAAUGAAAUUAGCUCUUAGAGAGAAACAAGAAGAAUUGUCAGAAAUGAUUUUGAGGAAGGAAUUGGCUGAAAAACGUUUGACAAGUCAGCAGCAUGAACAUGAGUUGGCUAUUGAAAAACUUAAGAGAAACUUGGAAGAGGUUCAAACCCAAUUAAGGAAAAAGGAAAAAGAAUUCGAAGAAACAAUGGAUCAUCUUCAAACUGACAUUGACAGUUUGGAAUCAGAGAAAGGCCAACUUAAAGAGAAGCUCAAAUCUAUUGGUGGCAAAAAAGGUGUCAUUACAAGUACUCCUGGUGGUGAUGGUACUUCAAGUAUUAUCAAUAUCAGCAGUAGUAGCACAUUACCAUCAUUUGGCACUCCAAUGCUCGAGAGUGAGGUGUACGACAAAAUACAGGCCUUGCGCGCAGCACUGAAGGAAGAAUCGCGACAGAAACGGAAUCUUCUCAACGAGAGUUUACAGAAAAAAUUGGAAUUGUUGCCACCACUGCCUAAAGUCAAGACCAAGUCUGAGGAGGAUCUGAAGAUCAAAGAACUGGUUCAGAAGAGAGCUGAAUUACUUCGGGAGAUGAAGAAACUGACUAUCUUCCCAGAGGUGCCAGACUUGACGGGCAAGAAACUUCUUCUAGCAACCGAAGCGCCUUUAUUAGAUAAAGCAAUGCCUGGUUAUAAACUGUUAGAUAGAGAAAUCAAAUUGAGAUCCCUUCAAGAUCGCAUUGCAGAGCUUAACUCUCAGGUGCGUGAAGAGACGCUCAAGCGAACGUUAGGUGGAUUAGCGGAAUCAGAUUUCGCUGUAUUUCCAGCUCGGCACAUAACUGCAGCAUUUAAUGCUUCAAACGAGCCAGUUACGGCUGAAGUUACUUUCCCCAGUAAAGGGCCUUCGCAAGUUAUUACUGUACCAGUUGGCACACAAGAGUUAAGAAAUGUUCAUAUGUUACUUUCGUAUUAAAGACUAUACAGCGAGUAUAUUUAUGUGAUGCCCUAGUGAGGUUGAUGAAGUAUUGAGCAUUAUAUAUAGAUAUAUUUUUUCUUUUUACAUAGUUUGAAAUUAUUAUAAAUUGAUGGAAUAUUUUAAUCAUUGACUAUCAUUGCAGAAUCAUAUUCUUCUCUGUUAGUCACUCUCAUUCUUUACUGUAUAAGUAUAUUGUGUUAUGUUGUAAUAAAUAAUAUAGUUUUAAGAUUUUAUAGAUUACAAUAGAAUCGACAUAUGAUAGAUAUAUUUAAUAUAUUUUAUAAUUGAACUACAUUUAAUCUUACAAUGCAAAAUGAAGGCUUAGAAAAUAUAAUAUUAUUGGUACGAGUCGUAAUUGAACAUUUGUCCUAAUUCAACUAACUUGCUUAACGUGUAACAAAUGUAUAACAAAAUUGACUGUAUAUAUGAAGUUCAAGAGGAAAAAUUAAAAUGACAGUGCAAUCUUUUUAUUAUUAUUGAAAUUAUAUUGCAAUUGUCAUGAUGUGUUCCUUGAAUGACAAAAACUGACUACACUUGUAUUAUAUUUUUGUAACGUAAAUAACUUCUUUUUAUAAUUCAUCUUAGAAAUAUCGAUUAUAUUAUUGGCACGUUAUCUGUAAUUUAUUGCUUGCAGUUUUAUUAUUGUAUUUUUCAUGUUGAAUAUAGUAUCGAUUAAAUUAAAUAUCUGAUAAUUUGUACAUUUUGAUGUUUUCUUAUGCGUUUACAAGAUAAUAAAAUAAU